GGAGGGCUCCAGCCCUGAGGAAGAGAGGGAGAGAAGGAGGGAUGUGUAGGAAAAGAGGGGGAAAGGCAGCAAGAAGGAAAAGCACAAACCUGUGACUUGACAAAAGAGGGCAGUUACCAGAGGCAGGACGAUGAAGGCGGGUGUGGGACUCCUCUCUGCUCUAGCUCUGUUCCUCCUGAUGGGAUCAGCGUUCUGUCAGAGACCUCGGCCAAAAAAGCCCACCAGGCGUCCAACAACCACCAAGAAGCCUUCCGUCCCCAGGCCUGCCAAACCACCCCAGCCAGAGCCCAAGGAGCCCACAGAGUUCCCCCCAGUCAUUCUCGGUCCACCUUCCUUUUUCCAAGAUUGCCCCCAGGAGUGUUUGUGCUCUCCAAGCUACCCAAAUUCUCUCAACUGUGAGAACCGGAACAUCCGUGAGGUCCCAGUCAUCCCACAGAGAACUCAUUACCUUUACUUGCAGAACAAUUACAUUUCAGAGGUAACCUCUGAGCCGUUCCGUAACGCUACUGAAGUCAGCUGGAUCAAUCUGGCCAACAACCGCAUUGUCCGCAUAGAUAAGCAGGUUUUUGAGAAGAUCCCAGGUCUGCUGUUCCUGUACGCACAGAAAAACCUGCUGAAAGAAGUCCCAGUAGGUCUCCCCUCAACUCUGGAGCAGCUUAGUCUGAGCAGAAAUCGCAUCACCAAGAUCCCAGGUGGUGCCUUCAAAAACCUAGAUAAACUGUCUCUGCUUGACCUGUACGACAACCAGCUGAGUGACAGCGACCUGGGAAAAAACACAUUCAAGGACCUGAAGAAUCUGGUGCAGCUAAACUUGGCUCACAAUGCUCUAAAGAAGAUGCCUGCCGGUGUACCAGCUGGCCUUGUUCAGCUGUUCCUGGAUAAAAACCGCAUAGAUGACAUCCCAAAAGACUACUUUGAAGGUUUCACUCACCUGGCGUUUGUGAGGCUGAACCACAACCAGCUGAGCGACAAAGGCAUCCCCAAGUCCGUGUUCAACCUGUCCUCUCUGAUGGACCUGCAGCUGUCCCACAACCAGCUCAGCAUGGUUCCUCACUUCAACAGUCACCUGCAGCACCUUCAUCUCAACCACAACAGCAUUGAGAGCAUCAAUGGCACUGAGAUCUGUCCAUACAACCUGCAUUCGGACCCGAGUGACCCUGAUGUUCUGCCGAAGCUGAGGUACCUACGCCUGGAUGGAAACCACUUGAGUCCUCCCAUUCCGAUGGAUCUCUUCAUGUGCUUCAGACAUCUUCAUUCCAUCGUCAUUUAGAAACGUGUACGGAAUCCACAAGUACAACUGAAGUCAUGACAACACGUGUUUAGAGAAGCAUGUUAUUCCCAUAGCAUGCAUGUUGCAGAACAAAGAAAAAAACGUGACAGCUGUGUCGUCGUUGCUAGAACUUCAACAUUAGACCACAAAUUGAAAAACAAAAUCAAAGCUCCAGAUUUAUUAAAGACCAGCAGCUCAUCUUGUUUUUUUGUUUUGUUCAUUUUUUUUAAAUAUAAUGUGCUGAGAGAGGAAAAAAGGUCUGAAAAUACAGGUACAUUGACACACUUGCUAAUGACAGAAAGAGGUAGUUGUGUUUGAUCUAAUCAGAGAGAACAGAGAAGGACAGACCUGCACAUGAUGUCCAAAUAUCCCAAAUAAAACAUAACUACCAUGUAGUUGAAACUGUCCCCAAUGUUCCUGGGAUUUUCAAAGGGCUCCAUGUAAAGACAAAAAUACUUUUUCUUCUUUUUUUCACAUCUUUCUGUAUAUUAUUACUCUGUAUAAAGAUGCUCUGUACAAAUAAUGAAAAGUAAAAGGUUUCUUUGAUCAUUAGAUAAAGUUUUCUAACUUAAAUUUAGUUCAUCUCUGAUAUUCUGUACAUAAAGCCCUUUUUCUUGUUUAAGGUAGGAUCUGUUCCUGACACCCACCCUCACUGAAGAAUAAAGGACUAUAAGCAAGAAAAUACAUUAGUACUGUUUUUACAGUCUCCAAGUUCCAUGUGAUCAUUUAACAGACGGAAGUUAACUUUUUAGUGUGCUAGACUAUGAUCAAAAGGACCAAAGUCUUUAUGAUUGUGUUGUGGUGUUACCCUUGCCUUUGGGCUUCACACCCAACAGGCUUUGCAGUUGCUGUGGGCGUGGUCUGAUUCUGUGUUUAUAUAUAGGAUGAUUUGCCCCCUUUAUUUUAGUUGUUGGCAUAUAAUUGAAUAAAUCUUCACGUAUUAA